UGAGUUUACGGCUCACACACUCCCGCGAGCCCCACCACAUCAUCACAAAAAAGAUCCCGACAAAACAACCUCGUCGACCAUGCCCAUGGCCACCGCCGUCCUCCUCCGGCUCGCGCCGCUGCCGCCGCGCCCCAGCAGUCGCGCCCCCAGCUCCCCGAAGCCCGCUCUCCUCCCGCCCCUCGCCCGUCACCGCGGCCGCGCCGCGGGCGCCAUCAGGGCCGCCGGCGACGGGCUUGCCGACCAGACCACCGUGUACACGGGCGUGUACGGGCCCUGGUCCGUGGACGACGCGGACUUGCGCGAGGUGCUGCUGUACCGUGCCGGGCUCGUCACCGCCGCGGCCUCCUUCCUGGCCGCCUCCUCGGGGGCGUUCCUGCCGGCGGGGAACCCCGCCGGCGACGCCGUCCGGCAGGGCGCCGACCUGCUCUACGCCGCCGGGGCCGCGGGGCUCGGGCUGUCGCUCGUCCUCAUCCACAUCUACGUCACCCCCAUCAAGCGGUUCCUCCAGGCGCUGUGGGCGGUGGGAGUGCUCGGGUCCGUCGGGACCUACGCCCUCGCCGCGCAGCCGCUCGGCGAGGGGCUCGUCCGGUACGUGCUCGACCACCCGGGCGCGGUGUGGUUCGUCGGGCCCACCUUCGCAGCGCUCACUGGCCUCGUCUUCAAGGAAGGACUCUGCUAUGGAAAAUUGGAGGCUGGUAUCUUGACGUUUGUUAUCCCCACCCUUCUCCUUGGACACCUGUCUGGGUUGAUGGACGAUGGAGCAAAAUUGGGCCUCUUGGGAGUGUGGAUGGCGCUCUUCACCGUGUUCGCCGCGAGGAAAUUCCAGCAGCCCAUUAAGGAUGACAUCGGCGACAAGUCUGUUUUCAUGUUCAACGCACUCCCCGAAGAGGAAAAGAAAGCUCUGCUGCAGAAACUCGAGGCACCAACCGAGCAGAAGUUCGAAUAGCAGAUUUCCAUAAGGCACAAUGACGAUAGCCAGCUGAUGGACUUCCGGAUCGGUGCCUCCAUGAAGAGGAAGGGAAACUUUGCUACUGAAGCUUGGAGGUGCAAACUGAGAGGAACUUGAAUACCUGUAGCAAGCACAAGGUUGGUUGCUAGUCGUGAUCUGGCAGAUGUAUGUAGUAUAACAGAUGUAUAUGCUAGUCCGGGACUUCAGGGUGCUACACCCAUAAAUAGAUGAGACUGCUGCAAUUGUGAUAUAGCUGCAAAUCUGUUACUGGAUGUGCAUGCCCAACCCCUGGUGUCAGGAAUUUUUCAGAGCGAGAGCUUGCAUCUCUCAAACUGGGGCACUUUGUUGAAAUAUUACUGUCGCAACACCAUAAAUUUUCAGUGAAACAUGCGAUCCCAGCUGUGGCUGUUGGUAA